AUGACGCUCGAAGCAUCGGAACUUGGUGUAGUAGCAGACCAAGCUCGACCAAUCAAGAAGCACACCAAGUCUGCUUCCAGAACCAUGUCUCUUCGUGUCCUGCCGUCCAAAUUCCGGCCAAAGACGGCCCCGACAUCGCCAGAUCCAGGAGCGGAUCCUCCUGAUUCGACUUUAGCACCUCCGCUUCCUACAUCGCCCAGAAUACGCAGAUCUUCAGCCCCGGAAGAGGGCUCCCAGGCGCCAGAGUGGCUAGCCAACCAGUUCAGCUCCCCUGCUGAAUCCGACGCUGAAUUCGUCCGAAGGACGUACGCACACUUUGCUAUAGCCGGCGUACCAGACGAUGGUUUCUCGGACGGCAAAGAGUACACUAGAGAAAAGAGUGGCCUGUCUGCUUGGGAGGAAGCUGCUCUCUCGCGUCCGGGCAGCACUAUAGUCUCUCAAGAUACAAACAAAGCACCUCUCCAGCCCGCUCCUACCGCGGCUGGUGUCAAUGGUCAUACACCACCAACGUCAUCACUGACCACCUGCGGGGGCACCAGGAGUGUCAUGUCGGUCGGCUCUCUGCACACAACGCGUCGAGAUGCCAACGGCGAUCUCUCCAGGCUUUCAUUGCGCCCGUCCAACAAUGCAGGAGUGACUCUGUCCACCAACACGUUUCUGUCGACCAACGAACGCAGACGUCGUCAAGAACUCGCAGAAAAGAAGCGACAAGAGCUUAUAGCUAAUGUUGACAGGUACGGCUUCUUCUCGGAUAGUGUCAAAAAUGCGCGCCACAAGACUACCCUAUUGCCAUCCAGCCUCUUCGACGAAACGCUCCCGAAAAGAGGCUCUCGGGGCAGAGCAACACAAGGGACCUCGCAACCCACCAAUUUACCUACCACCAGUACACCCUCACACGCCAACGACAACGAUCAGACCAAGGCACCUGCCGAUAUUCAGCAGGCUCGAGCUUCAGCCGACAUCGUACAUCGUCAACGUGAACAGGAGCGCACAGCCAAAUGGGCUCGCAUGCUGAUCAUCAAGAGUCGUGAUCAGGGUCACAAUGCUGUCCAAUUCGACUUCACCGAUGGCAUCAAUCGCAAAUUACGGCGGAGGGUCUACAAGGGAAUUCCGGAUCGCUGGCGAUCAGCAGCUUGGUCUGCUUUGCUACAUUAUCGUCAACAAACACAAGAAGGUCGCCAGUCGUACUCGCUCGCCAAGCCGCACUUGCAGAAAGCUGCUGCGUCGACACCGGUCUCACUUGUUCAAGCCGACGCUGAAAGCUUUGAACGCCUGAAAUCAACGCCAAGCUCACACGACGUACAGAUCGAUCUCGAUGUCCCGCGCACCAUCUCUGGGCAUAUUCAGUUUCACACACGAUACGGCCAGGGCCAGCGAGCUUUGUUCCAUGUGCUGCAUGCCAUGUCGAUGCUGUGCGACCAGUGCGGGUACUGUCAAGGUAUGGGACCUAUUGCUGCGACGCUGCUGUGCUAUUUCAGUCCCGAACGAGCAUACGCUGCCAUGACCAUGAUGCACAACCACCUUAAUUUGCAUUCCACCUUUGCACCUGGAUUUCCUGGACUUGUCGAAAAUUUGUUCGUACAGGAUCAGCUGCUGCGCAAAUACAUGCCUGAAUUGGUGGAGGUAUUUGACGAACAGAUGGUGGUGUCCAGCUCGUACGCCACCAAAUGGUUCAUCACAUUGUUCUCCAAUUCGAUCCCAUUCGAGACGCAGCUGCGUGUGUGGGACGCCUGGUUGUUGGAUGGUCAGGAUGUCAUCAGCCUUGUAGCGCUAGGUAUCAUCUGGGCCCAUAGAGGGGUGAUUCUGGAGCCAGAUGCUGAUUUCGAGACGAUCCUCAGCGCGCUUAGCAGCUUCUUUGUGCCAGAGGAUGACAAUGCGCUGCUAUUUUGGGCCAAGGACGCAUUGGCGCGUAAGGACGUUCGCAGUACCAUAAAGAAUGCAAGAGAAGAGUAUAAGCGUAAGGUAAAGACUGGCGAGGCGGCCGCCUUGGUGUUGUAG